AUGUCUCUCCCAUCGCUCUCGAGUUCCCAUUUGUGGGCCAGUGGUGCCGCCAUACUUGGUCUCACAACUUGGUAUAUUUCGCGGCAUACUGCUACGACGAAAGCAAAGCGCAGAGGUGCUGUCCUUGCACCCGGACCGAGGCGGGUGCCGUUUCUGGGCAACGUAUUCAAUUUUCCUCGGGGAAGGUGGUACGAAACAUUCACUCAAUGGGCAGGCGACUACGGAGACAUCAUUUACAUUGAUCUAGCCGGAGUUCCGAUGAUCAUUCUAAACUCCUUGGAGGCCAUUCACGAACUGACAGACAAGAGAAUGAGCAUACACUCUGGCAGGCCCCAUACCACUUUCGUCUGCGACAUGAUCGACUGUGGCUAUUUUACAUCCAUGAUACAGCCAAGUAGAGAUUUCACAGACCAGCGUCGUAUUUUCCAAAGGGCGAUAGGUCCUCAUACUGUCAACCAAUACGAUUCUUUCAUUCAGCAUAGUUGCUCCCAGCUCUUGCAACAGUUGGACGGCUUCUCAGGUGAACCGUUCAAUGUCUUGACCAAGACGGUGGGCAAUGUACUUACUCGAAUUGCCUAUGGCGAGCACUUCUUUCAACACCAUGGAGCGGAAGCUCUCCAGAAAACUGGUGAAGGAAUAGAGCUGUUCACAUGGGCAUUUACAAAGUUCUGGUUUGUCGACGUGAUCCCUGCUUUGCGCCAUAUACCAGCGUGGUUCCCUGGCGCGAAGUUUAAACGCAUCGCUUCUCAAGGAAAGGACUAUGCGGAUUAUAUUCGCUACUGGCCGUUCAACCAAGUGAAAGCGACUAUGGCAGAAGGGAUCACAGAUGAAUCCAUUGUUUUCAAAUACUUACAGGAAGGUGGGAUCUCGGAAGACAAUCUUCGAGAUGCAGUGGCGACAAUGUACGGCGCUGGAGUCGACACAACGUCAAGCACCAUAAGUAAUUUCCUGUUCAGUGUUGCCUUGUAUCCGGAAUGGCAGAAGCAAAUUCACGAAGAGAUGGAUCAAGUCCUUGGUCGCGGUAAUCAGGCGACGCUGGACGACAUUCCGAAGUUGGAACUCUUCCAGGUCGUCUUCAAAGAGUCCUUUAGAUGGAACACUGCAGCGCCACUUGGUGUUCCCCACGUGAGCUCGAAAGAGGACGUGUGGAAUGGAUAUUAUAUCCCCAAAAACUCAAUCAUUCAUUGUAACAUCGGGUUUGUUCUCAGAGACCCACGGUUGUGGGGGAAGGAUAGUCUAGACUUCAACCCUAAUCGCUUCCUUGCGUCCCAUAACCCAUCGGUCGAUAAGCUGCCGGACAUUUGGAGUGUUCCGUUUGGGUUUGGUCGGCGUAUUUGUCCUGGUCGGUAUCUUGCGCAACGCACCGCACUGCUGUACUCUGCAGCUAUCCUGUCCAUGUACGAGGUACUCCCAUUUGAAGGCGACAUCCUUUCACCAGAAGGACCUUUUGAGGAUUCUGUGAUUAGACGCUUGUCCAAUUUCCAAUGCAAGUUCAAGCCCCGUGCAUGA